CCAGUCUGGGAUCCACAAGCUCAAGACGCUACACUCCGGACUGGAAGUCCCUGGACACGCGUCCUUCGCCAAGCUGGUUCGAUGAAGCCAAGGUCGGCAUCUUCCUCCACUGGGGAGUGUUCUCGGUGCCCAGCUUUAAAAGCGAGUGGUUCUGGUCCGAAUGGAGCGAUAAAGAUCCGAAGGUCGUGGAGUUCAUGAGACAGAACUACAAGCCCAACUUUACCUACCCGGAGUUUGCGCCCGAGUUCACGGCGCAGUUCUUCGACCCGGACCGUUGGGCGGACCUCUUCUACAAGUCCGGUGCUCGUUACGUGGUGCUGACCAGCAAGCAUCAUGAAGGUUACACGCUCUGGCCUUCAAGCGUGUCCUGGAACUGGAACGCCGGAGACGUGGGACCCAAGAGGGACCUGGUUGGAGACCUCGCCACGGCCAUCAGGAAGAAAGGAGGCGGUGUGCACUUCGGGCUGUACCACUCGCUCUACGAGUGGUUCAAUCCGUUGUACCUGGCAGACAAGGCUGCCCGCUGGACGACGAACGACUUUGUCGUCCGAAAGACCAUGCCCGAGUUGAGGGAAAUUGUCGAAAGGUACAAACCCGAUGUGAUCUGGUCCGACGGCGACUGGGAGGCCAACGACACUUACUGGAACAGUACCGAGUUCCUCGCCUGGUUGUACAACGACAGUCCCGUCAAGUCGAGCGUCGUGGUCAACGAUCGCUGGGGAAUCGGCAUUCCCUGCCAUCACGGUGACUUCUACAACUGCAAGGACCGCUACAACCCGGGAAUCCUGCUGAAGCACAAGUGGGAAAACGCCAUGACCAUCGACAAGCACUCGUGGGGAUACCGGAGGAACGCCAAUCUGAGCGACUACCUCAGCAUCGAGCAACUAAUCGAGAAACUGGCUUCAACCGUGAGCUGCAACGGCAACAUUCUCAUCAACGUCGGGCCGACCAAAGACGGCGUCAUCGAACCCGUCUUCGAAGAGAGACUGCUUCAGCUAGGCAGAUGGCUGGGUGUGAACGGAGAGGCCGUCUACGGCUCGAAGCCCUGGAAGCACCAGAACGACACACUCACUCCGGGCAUCUGGUACACGACCAACAAGGACAUGGACGUGGUCUACGUGUUCGUCCUCAAUUGGCCUAAAUUCAACAAGUUGACGCUGGAGUCUCUAGUUCUUUCCCAGAAAGCGAGGAUUACCAUGUUGGGUCUUAACGAUGGCCUGUUUCAGUGGGAUCAUACUGGAGGGAGCGACGAUUCCUCCCGGAGAACAGUGACGAUCCUGUUCCCACCCCUUACGCCAGACCUUCUGCCAACUCCAUGGGCUUGGGUGCUUAAAGUCGAAGGGGCGCUCUAGAGAGGGCACCAUCUGGAAAAUGCGUUUGAUGCAGAAAAUGUCGGACGUCUUGUUAACUGCUUUCAUUGCCUCAAAUCUGAGUUUGUUUCAAUGUCAUGUUGUAUAAGGCUAGCUUCCUUUUGUUUACAUAGCUCACACUUGAUGUCAUCGCAUUGUGCUGGCAGUCAUUCUAGCUUGCUCUUGCCUAGGUAACCAAAUUAGAUAGAGUCAAAUGUGGGAUAAAAACGUGCUCAGCAACAAGGCCACCUCAAUGGCCUCUUGUGUAACGUAAGUGCAGGACACAUGUCAACGUCACCAGAUUUACCUCAGUUAUGGAACUCGCGCAGAGGAAGAACCCCCCCCCCCCCCCCCGCCCUUUCACUCUGCUCAGCCCGCCUCCCGUUAUAGCCUUCAAUCGUUUGAAGCACCAUCUAGAUUUUCGUUUCAAAACUGUGUUCGAUUGAGAAUGAUGAAACGACAUAUAGACGGGGAUGUGCUUCGAAACAUAAAUAUGUAAAAGAAUACAUUGCAGAUGCCAUAGCAGGUGACUGUGGCGCGUCGAACGAUAUGGCAGGCAAGCGAUGGAGGGAACUGUUCGUGGAAGCAGCCUACGGGCAGUUCCGUAACUGUGCUAAUCCAGUAAAGUUGGAACGUAUAGUGGCCGCCAUAGUUGUGUGUGUCGCUGUCGAUCGCGUGCUAAAAGCGAGCCUUCACCAGACUCAUUUCAUGUCGUCGAAGCAAUAGACCCUUUUCAAAAGUCCAUCAAGCAAAACUGAACGUCGCCAUUGCUUAGACACGAAGCGUGUGAUUGGAUCCGAGUGCUUGUCCGCAAUACAUGCACAGAGUGCGUGCCCAAACAAUGGCGGACUCGGAUAGUUGUCGCGGCAGCUGCUAGAUGGCGCGCACUUAAAGUGUCAAUUAUGCUCGGCAGACUCUAUGUGGCUUUACUCACAGAUCGUGCUGAUGACGACAUGGGAAUACUUUUUAUUGGUAAGUGUAUCUAUAUAGAUGUUUGCAUGCAGCCCCGCUUCAAAAGCUAGUCUG